CGUCACGACGGUCUUUUACGGUAGUGGUACUGAUGCGGGAUGAGUCAGGCGUUAUGAUGCUGCUAUCCAUGCCAUUCCCCCGACCCGUGGACGCAUGACACGCGGAUGACUGUGCGGGUUUGCCGUGCGGCCGCCAAGUGAACCUGGACGUUUUAGUGCGCCUGUAGUGUUUUUCUCUUCACCAGCAGCAGCGGGGAGGGUUCACCAGUCCAGCUCUAAACUUCGGGGCCUACACGGCCGCCUCUGUCGUCGCCGCCAGCGGUUCACUCAACUAGACAAGUAGACAGAACCGGUCGAGCAACAGUCGAGCAGAGGCGAGUCAUGGAAGCCAUCUGGCUGUAUCAGUUCCGUCUCAUCGUGAUCGGCGACUCUACGGUGGGCAAGUCGUGUCUCAUCCGCCGUUUCACCGAAGGCCGCUUCGCUCAGGUGUCGGACCCCACGGUGGGCGUGGACUUCUUUUCUCGGCUGGUGGAGAUCGAGCCGGGCAAGCGGAUCAAGCUGCAGAUUUGGGACACCGCCGGCCAGGAGCGUUUCAGGUCCAUCACUCGGGCGUACUACCGGAACUCUGUGGGAGGGCUGCUCCUGUUCGACAUCACCAACCGCCGCUCCUUCCAGAACGUGCACGAGUGGCUGGAGGAGGCGCGCAGUCACGUGCAGCCGCACAGCAUCGUCUUCCUGCUGGUGGGCCACAAAUGCGACCUGGACGCUCAGCGGCAGGUGAGCCGGCAGGAGGCGGAAAGGCUGGCGGGGGUGUACGGCAUGCGCUACAUCGAGACAUCGGCACGCGACGCCAUCAACGUGGAGCGCGCCUUCACCGAGCUCACCAAAGAUAUCUUCGCCCUGGUGCGCUCCGGGGAGAUCAGCAUCCAGGAGGGCUGGGAGGGCGUCAAGAGCGGCUUCGUCCCCAAUGUAGUUCAUUCUUCCGAGGAGGUGACCAAGAGUGACCGCCGCUGCAUCUGCUGAUGGGGGGGGGCCUGCUGGCCGCAAAGAGGCGGACGUCUUUUGCUCAUCUGGGGCAAGUCGGCAGAAGGACAACUGAGCGGCGGUGCUCUUUUUUUGGAUCAUUAGUGGAGAAAGUCGCUUCCCAAAUACUAAUACAGUACACGCGCUUGUCCAGGCUCCAAGUGGGUCUCCUCCAAUAUGCAAUUCGGUCAUGACACACGCAAACUCGAUCCACUUGGGAUUGUUGUCCCAUCUGAUUGGGGACUGACUUUCUGCUUGCGUUCACGAAGGACUCCGGGUGGAGCCACACUGCAAACUGGAAAGAGUCGGCAGAGCGUCACACUGAACGUUUCAGGAUGUUGCGUUUCCGGGAGGCUAGCAAUGCCCUUCCACACGAGACAACCUAGCGAUGUUGGUCCAGCUGGCGUUUAGUCAGCCUCCGCCGCCAUCCCACCUUUCAUGUUUGUAACCUGCUUUCGCCACAUCAUUCAUUAUUGGGAUGCAUCAAAAUGAAAAUAGCCGGCCAAAACCAAAAGAAAGGAUACCUUCAAAUUCUACAAGGAAAAAUAAAUACAGUGAUCCCUCGCUAUUUCGCGGUUCGUUUAUCGCGGAUUCGGUGCACCACAGAUUUUUUCAAACAUAUUCAUAAAAAUAAAAUAAAAAAUGUCCAUAUACAUAGAGUACAGUACUGUAAACAUUAUGUUGCUCUAUGUGACCCCCUGUUGUUUUGCAGCUUCUCCCAUUUUUUUUUUUAACCUGUAUAUGUUAAUUGGUUGCUACUUCGCGGAUUUUCAUUUAUCGCAGGUUCUUUUGGUCCCCAUUAACCGUGAUAAACGAGGGAUUACUGUAAAUCUCGCCGCCUACCUUUGCUGACUUCAGUGGGCCUGGAGGCGUGGCCGACCAAGGCGCACCGUGGGCGGCCAUGGCGGCAUGACGCACCGCUACUUCUGACAUGAAACCCCCCCCCCCCCAUUUUUUUUUCUUCAUAUUUUAACUUUACCCUGGGUGGCCCGGUGGUUAGUGCAUCAAACUCACAGUGCAGAGGUACCGCGUUCAAUUCCAGCUCUGGCCUCCUAGUGUGGCUGGCGUUUCCAUGUUCUCCCCGGGCCUGUGUGGGUUUUCUCCGGGUACUCCUGUUUCCUCCCACAUUCCAAAAACAUACAUGGCAGGCUGAUUGAAUACUCUACAUUGGCCCUAGGUGUGAGUGUGAGCGCGGAUUGUUGUUCAUCUGUGUGUGCCUGCCCUGCGAUUGGCUGGCAACCAGUUCAGGGUGUCCCCCGCCUACUGCCCAAAGACGGCUGGGAUCAGCUCCAGCUACCCUUGUGAGGAUUAAGCGGAUCAGAAAAUUGGUUGGAUGGAAUUUUACCUUGAGCUCCAAGGUAAUGUGCCCCAUGAGAUCCAACCAGUCAUGUUUCACACUGGUUAGACCUCCCAGAUGACAGAACGCUUUCUUUAAAAGUUUUCACCCGCAUCAUCACAGGCAUGUAAUUUUGCUAGCCGAGAACUGAAGCUGCACUUUCAGGGCCAUUUUCGGUGCAUCCCUACUAAUGUAUCACAAAUGAAGUCGCCCUUCGCUGCGCCACGUGGUUAAGCUUUACUAUUAGCCCCUUGGCUCUGACUGACAUCAUCAUCGGGAAGUUAACAAGAAAGGUGGACAUUGCCAUCGCUGCCGGAAUGUGUGGUUUGCUGAUUCGUAUAGUCUCUGAAAUAAAACCACUGGCCAUGA